AUGUCGAUGGCGGUGGAUUUAGUAAAUGUUAUCAAUUUUCUUGUUGCCCUCUUCUUCACGAUCGGCUGUGUUAACCUCUACGUCCUCGUCUUGUCUGUCGUACCUUCCUUCUUGAAAUCAAGAAUACCCAGCAGAUCCUUACAAAAAGAUGGACAAUUGUCUGCAGUUGUACAACUCCUAAACUUGAAGAAUCUUCACAGCCCCAGUAACCUCCUUCCACAUACCCUUCAACCUCUCAAAGUUCAUGCAUUAAAGGUUAUAAUUUGCGUUUUGUUGUCCGGUGCUCGAUACCCCAAAGUUAGUUGCCUGAAUGAGAAAAAAGGUUUCUUUGAAAUUUGCUCGAAGUAGUGUAUUCUAGUUGGCAGUUGCUACUGGUUCUCCCCUGAAAAAAAAAUGUAAAUUGGUUGAUGUUUAUUAAUUAGAAUUAGAACUAGAACUCCUUUGUCUCAUUUGUGUUUUGACC